AAACCCGGCACGAGCCCAAGAGAAGCUUUAAAGCCCAGCAUCUGCCGAUCUCUAUGUUACUGGGACUAUCAGCUUGUUUAUUACGGCCAGUACUGGCAAGCGCUGUUGUGGGAGUGUGUGUCAGCUGGUAACAGGAUCCACCCACUUCCUGUAGCUAUUUCUUCAUGUGGUUUGACCUCUCGAGUGAAUCGUGUGUCACCAGCCGUCCAGAUAACCCACCGUAAUCAGCGCAAGAUUACAUUCCUGAGUUGUUUUGCUACAUUGGAGGCUCAAAGAGUCAUAGGGAUCUGCAGCACAGGAAAAGGCCCUUCGUCCCAUCGAGUCUGCAUGCGUCAAACAGGCAUGCAGCUCGCUUGUCAGCUUAGGUGUAUCAAAACCACACAGAAUCUUCUUUGUUCUUCAAGCACACAAAAGUUUUCCACCUCAGUGAUGACUUUAUUCAGACACAAGAAUGCAAAAAGGAUUGAAGGCCUAGAUAAGAAUGUAUGGAUUGAAUUUACCAAGUUGGCUGCUGAGCCGGACGUGGUCAAUCUUGGUCAGGGAUUCCCAGACCUGCCUCCUCCUCCUUACAUAAGAGAAGCCUUGGCUGAUGCUGCAGUGGGUGAAAAUUUCAUGCUGAACCAGUAUACAAGAGGAUUUGGUCACCCUCCAUUAGUGAAGGCACUUGCUGAACUAUAUGGAGAUAUAUGUGGUCGUUCCAUCAAUCCAAAUAAAGAGAUUGUGGUAACAGUUGGAGGGUACGGUUCUCUUUCUAACUCAAUCCAAGGACUGAUUGACGAGGGAGAUGAGGUGAUAAUUAUUGAGCCAUUCUUUGACUGUUUUGAACUAAUGGUUAAAAUGGCUGGAGGCACCCCAGUCUUCAUCUCGUUACGGCCUGUACAAGAAAACGUUGAGCAAGGCGUGAGCUACAGUGGAGAUUGGAAACUUAAUGAAGAAGAACUUGCUAGUAAAUUUAAUUCCCGGACUAAAGCAAUAAUCAUUAACACGCCCAAUAAUCCAUUGGGCAAGAUAUUUAAAAUGGAAGAACUGAAGAUAAUUGCAGACCUGUGCAUUAAGCAUGAUGUUCUCUGCAUCAGUGAUGAGGUGUAUGAGUGGCUCGUGUACAGUGGACAUAAGCACAUCAAAAUAGCCACUUUGCCGGGAAUGUGGGAGAGGACCAUUACCAUAGGAAGUGCUGGCAAAACAUUUAGCGUAACUGGCUGGAAGCUUGGUUGGUCUAUUGGUCCAGAACACCUGAUAAAACAUCUGCAGACUGUUCAACAGAACACCAUUUAUACUUGCUGCACCCCUGUUCAGGAAGCUGUAGCCCAAGGGAUUCGGAAGGAGCAUGUCCGCCUUAAGGAGCAAGAAUGCUACUUCCUCUCUCUACCUUGUGAACUGGAAGUCAAGCGGAAUCGCAUGGUGAAGUUUCUCUGUGCUGCUGGGAUGAGGCCGGUUAUCCCUGAAGGCGGAUACUUCAUGAUUGCUGAUAUUUCAGCUCUAAAUGUGGACCUCUCCAAGAUGGAAGGAAAUGAGCCUUAUGAUAACUUAUUUGUGAAGUGGAUGAUUAAAAACAAGCGACUGGCAGCUAUCCCUAUGUCCUCAUUUGUGAGUGACCAGUCCAAGAGCAAUUUUGAGAAGUACAUUCGCUUCUGCUUUAUCAAGCAAGACAGCACACUGGAUUCAGCAGAAGCCAUACUGAGGGGCUGGAAGUGAAAGCCAUUACCUUCACUAAAGGAGCAGAACUCUACAUAUCAGCCUGUAUUGGCUUUAAUACAGAAGUCUUCAACUCUUUUUCUUUCCUCAAAGCACUGAUUGAACAGGUCAAAAAUUGCAGGAACCAGCAGCCUAAAUAUAAUUUGAGCUUUGAAGUAUCAGCUGGUAGUGAUUGAGAUUGCUGUGAUUCCUCAAUAUAAUAACACUUCAGUGCUGAAAUCCAUCUGGUACAUAUCUGGCAAUCAUAUUAUUCUCUCCAUGAAUAGAAAACACUGAAAUAAAAGUGGAUUUCCCCAGGUCUCAUGCAGGAUGAGGUAUUUUGCACGUUUUGUCAAGUUGUGCUUUUGCUAUUCUUAACUUGAUGUUCCAAUGUCAGUACCACUCGGUGCAGCAAAGGACUUGGAAAAUCCACCCUAGAGUGUUUGUCUUUACCCACAUCGAGUCUAUUUCUUUACAAUGUAGCAGCAAAGCAGAAGAACUGAAGAUAAAAUUGUUCACCCCAUAAGUUACAGUCAUUUUUGGGGAGGUACUGCAUUUUCUGGUUACUUCUGAGAAUCAUUUGGCAAUCAUUUAUACAAGUUAAUUUUUAAGACUUCAUCUUUUGAAUCAAAGCAAACCCCGUCUUUCAAGGUUUUCAUGAUAAAUCAAUUUGAAAUGUAUGUAAUGUGCGCUCCAGGGAAAGUGAAGGUGGGUUUUGACAAUUAUAUUUCAUAGUCAUUGUACCCACUUAUCUGUGUGUAUUCUUGAAUGUAUUAAUGUACGUCUAAUUUAAUUACACUCUGAAUUUCUGUU